AUGGCCCCUGCAGGGCCGAGAGUCCCAGGCUCUGUCCUCAAGUGCCUGACUCUGGCCGCUUUUGUGCUGCUCUGCGCCGGCCAGGGAGGACUCAGAGAGGACGGGGGGCCAGCCUGCUACGGCGGGUUCGACCUAUACUUCAUUCUGGACAAAUCAGGAAGUGUACUGCACCAUUGGAAUGAAAUCUAUUACUUUGUGGAACAGUUGGCCCACAAAUUCAUCAGCCCACAGCUAAGAAUGUCCUUCAUUGUCUUUUCUACUAGAGGAACAACCUUAAUGAAGCUUACCGAAGACAGGGAACAGAUCCGUCAAGGCCUAGAAGAACUUCAGAAAGUUUUACCAGGAGGAGACACUUACAUGCAUGAAGGAUUUGAAAGGGCAAGUGAGCAGAUUUAUUAUGAAAACAGUCAAGGGUACAGAACAGCCAGUGUCAUCAUUGCUUUGACUGAUGGAGAACUCCAUGAAGAUCUCUUUUUCUAUUCAGAGAGGGAGGCUAACAGGUCUCGAGAUCUGGGUGCAAUUGUUUACUGUGUGGGAGUGAAAGAUUUCAAUGAAACACAGUUGGCUCGAAUUGCGGAUAGUAAGGAUCACGUGUUUCCUGUGAAUGAUGGGUUUCAGGCUCUGCAAGGCAUCAUCCACUCAAUUUUGAAGAAGUCUUGCAUUGAAAUUCUAGCAGCUGAACCGUCUACCAUAUGUGCAGGAGAGUCAUUUCAAGUCGUCGUGAGAGGAAAUGGCUUUCGACAUGCCCGCAACGUGGACCGGGUCCUUUGCAGCUUCAGGAUCAAUGAAUCAGUUACACUCAAUGAGAAACCUUUCACAGUAGAAGAUACUUAUCUGCUGUGUCCGGCACCUAUUUUAAAAGAAGUUGGCAUGAAAGCCGCACUCCAGGUCAGCAUGAAUGAUGGCCUCUCUUUCAUCUCCAGUUCUGUCAUUAUCACUACCACACAAUGUUCUGAUGGCACCAUUCUGGCCAUUGCCCUGCUAAUCCUGUUUCUGCUCCUGGCUCUGACUCUUCUCUGGUGGUUCUGGCCCCUCUGCUGCACAGUG